GGGGCUGUCGUCCUGGCUGAGGGGAGCGCGGCCACCUCCAGAGCCGCCCCCCGCCACCAUGGUCCCCGCGGAGGGGAGCCCGGGCGGCCGAGGGGACGCGGCGGGAGACGGCGGCUUCCUCCUGCUGCGGGGCCCGGACAGCGGCAGCGUCCGGAAGGGCUGUGAUCCCUUUGCACAGACCCAGCGCAGCAAACUGCAGCACCGCCGUGCACGAAUUAACCAACAGAUCAACAAGGAGAUGAGAAUGCGAGCUGGGGCAGAAAACCUCUUCAAGGCCACAAGUAAUCACAAAGUAAAAGAAACAGUGGCCUUGGAGCUUAGCUAUGUUAAUUCCAAUCUGCAAUUGCUGAAGGAAGAACUAGAAGAACUGAACAGCUGUGUGGAUGUAUACCAGAAUGACAGUGAAUCUAUCAGCGUCCCUAUGAUUCCUUUGGGGCUGAAGGAGACUAAGGAAAUGGAUUUAAUGGCCCCAUUAAAGGAUCUCAUCUGUGAACAUUAUGGAGAAGAUGGCAUCUCAUUUGAAAAGGAAAUCAAAGAGCUCAUGGAGCUGCGGCAGGCCAUGCGGACUCCCAGCCGGAACGAGGCAGGGCUAGAACUUCUGAUGGAAUAUUACAACCAGCUUUACUUUCUUGACAACAGAUUCUUCCCUCCCAAUAAAAACUUGGGCAUCUUCUUUCACUGGUAUGACUCGCUAACCGGAGUCCCUUCUCAUCAGCGCGCUCUGGCUUUUGAGAAGGGAAGUGUGCUCUUCAACAUUGGAGCUCUGCAUACCCAGAUUGGGGCACGGCAGGAUCGCACAACCCUGCAAGGAGUUGACCGAGCUAUAGAUGCUUUUCAAAAGGCAGCUGGUGCCUUUAACUACCUGAAGGAGAACUUCUCCAACGCCCCUAGCCUGGACAUGAGCACUGCCUCGCUGAACAUGCUUGUGCGACUGAUGAUUGCGCAGGUGCAAGAGUGUGUCUUUGAGAAGGUCACCCUGACCAGCGCCCAGAAUGACUUCUUCACUCAGCUGCAGAUUGCACAAGAAGCAGCCAGGGUUGAAGAAGUCUACUCAUUGGUGCAUCAGACCAUGACCCAGGCUCACGUGAAGGAUUAUGUACCUUUCUCAUGGGCCACCAUGGUCCAUGUCAAGUCUGAGCAUUUCAAGGCCCUCUCCCACUACUAUGCUGCCGUUGCACUUUGUGACUGCCCCUCCGUCUCUGAAGCUGACUUCCCAGAGCACGAAAAGGCUUUUGUCCAGUUUCAUGUCACCAUGCCGGAGGGACCAUCACUUCGUCUUGUACUACAAGACCCGGAGGAGCGAAGGAAACUGGGCAAGGCUCAUUUGAAAAAAGCUAUCAUGCGACACGAAGAAGCCAUGAGGAUCCAUAGCCUGUGUAAGAUCCUGAGGAAGAUGGACAUCCUCCAGGAGGUCCUCUCCUUCGCUCACAAGCGCUCGCUUAGCAAAUACUCGGAAAUUGAUCACGAGGAAGACUUCUUUGAAACCGGAGAUGCUUCUGACAUUCAUCCCAAAACGAAUCAGAGACCAGAAAUAAAAUCUCCCAACUUCUCCCAGGUGAAGGUGACGGACAUCUUCCAUAGACUGGGGCCUCUGUCAGUUUUUUCAGCCAAAAACAAGUGGUGCCCUGCACGGCGAGUUCAUCUGGCCAGAGGAGAAAAUGGCUUUGGGUUGACGCUCCGAGGGGAUUCCCCUGUCCUGAUUGCGGGAGUGAUACCUGGGGGCUGUGCAUCCGAAGCCGGGCUAAAGGAAGGAGACUACAUAGUCUCUGUGAACAGCGAGGACUGCAAGUGGUCCAAGCAUGCUGAGGUGGUGCAGCUGCUGAAGAGCGUCCGGGAAGAGGGUGUAGACAUUGGCGUGGUAACCCUGCAGAGUUCCAGUGGACAGACCGUUGUGGACAGGAGGUUGGUGGCCAUGUCAUCAGGGGGCGCGCUGCUGAAGAACAAUAAAGAGAAUAGCAGGAAGAGCCUCAUGAACAGCAAGAGCGCCAGCACCCUGCUGGCCUGGAGCAAGAAGAGUAAGCGCAGCAAGAGCAGCACUUACAGCCUUCCCUUCACCACGGUGGGAGACGAGUCCAUGUACUGAACCCUUGGCCUGGCUGGGUCCCGGCUUAUUGACGUGAACUCUUGGCAUUGCUGGGGAGCAGGAGGAGAGAGCAGCAGCUAUGUGGCACUGGGAGCUACGCUGGUGUCAUUGCAAUCAAUUCUUCUAGCCCUGAGGGAGGAGAAGACUCCAGAGCUGAUCCUUGGUGCCUGAGGAGCAUGGCAUCAAGCUGGAUUCUUUCCUAGCAGAGUGGGCUGACAGGUGUAGAGCUCUCAUAGCUGGUGACUAGCAGGCUCCUGCAUCUGAGCUUACAUGUAAAAAGUCCUCUGCUGAAUGGUUUAGGGGAGGGAUUGUUGGUUUGUUUGUCUUUUCUGGUUCAUACUCUAGUACCAAGACAGCCUUCUCACCAGCAUUAGUAAGUGCCGGUAUAGUAAACCACCAGCAGGCAAACCAAAAGCUGUGAAGUUCUGUACCGUCUCUUAGGACUUGAUCUACUGUGUAAAAAAUCCUGUGCACAUGGAUGCCAACUUAGCCCAGGAGCUCAUCAGCGUGAAUACACAGAGCAGGAAAUAUGUAGAAUUUUCUCAACUUCAUCAGCAAAAGGGCAAGGAAUGAGACAUUGAGAUCCAACAUGAACUGAUUGUUGGUAUGUCUGAGGAUUUCUGUUCCAGUGGGGCUGCCUGCUGUCCACCCCAAGGUGGACAGGAAUAGCAGGCCAUGAAUAGCAGGCCACUACUGAGUGCAGAGAACAUAGGGACUGUCUCCAGCUGCUCUGCGGUGGAUUGGGGAAGAAAUUAGAAGUGUAUUUUCUAAAAACACUAAAGGAAUGUUAAGGUUGCCGAGUGAAGUGCUGAAGAGUCAGGAAACAUCAGAGUUUAAGUUGGGAAGGGAACCUUAACUGAGCCCCCUUGUGCACUAGCAUCAUGGUAGGGGCUUGAGGCACAUGUCACAUCCUACUAUGUCUGCUGGUCUCCUGCUUCCUUUAGUGCACAGGCUGAGAGCGCGCACAGAUGAUGGAGUGCUCAAUUUACAUGCUCAGAUUAUGGGUGGUGAUUCAAAUGAUUUUCCAGACAACUUUCCAGAAGCACAGCUUUGCACGGGUAUUUGGUUGCUCCUUCUGGUUCAAAUUUUACAAUCUCAGUAGCAUGACCCCAGAGCAGCUCAGCUCUCAUUUCACUCCAGGUCAUAGAAUCGUAGGACUGGAAUGGGACUUCGAGGUCAUCUAGUC